AUGACCGUAACAGUACAAGAGAAUCGACAUAAAAAGGAAACUGCUGGCCUUGACCUUUGUGCUCUUAGAAUUCGACACCCAGAGAUUGGAACAAAGAGAGUUUUUCGGAAAUCGAAGCGAUCGCGUAGCAUGAGUGAUUUGGCAAUGUCUCAUCAUAGCGAACCGCAUCAACCUCAGGCAGCGGUAUCAUCUAACGCUGUUUUCAAUCCCUUAACAGUAGGAGAAGAACAAAUUGCCGGAGUGGGAGGGAGUGUGGUGGAUGAUCUCAUGAGUGUUUAUGAGAGUAUGACUCAAUCAAAGACGCCUCACCCAAACCAUCAUCAACAAUCAAAGCCAAUGGUGCAGCACGGGCAAUAUGACCAGUAUGGGAGUCCGGAUCAAGAUCACCAGAUGCAAGCACCGCAACCCCACAUACCACAGCAGCAAUCACCGAUGGUUCAGCAAUACAAUAUACCGGACCAUGUCUAUCCCCAACAUGUCCCAGCUCCGCAAAUGCAAUACCAGCAGCCACCGCAGCAAGUUUAUGGUGGCUAUCAAAAUUACCAACAGCAUUUUGCGCCACCAGUUCAAAACUAUGCACCCCUGGACCAACAAAACCAACAGCAUCAGCAACAAAUGCCUAAACCUGAAGAAGAAGAUGAUUCGGAUGAAAUGGAAGAGCAACCUCGCAAGAAGCGAAAAGGAUCUUCCAAGGCCAAGGGACGCAAGAAGGGGAAGAACUCUGAUGGACGAUGGUCAAAGAGGUUUACUUGGCCUGAUGAUUUGCAUCGUGAUUUUGUCUCGGCAAUCUUCGACGUGGGUCUUAAGCACUCAUCACCAUCAACGAUUAUGGAACACAUGCCCAAGAAUCCAGACAUUACAACUGAACGGAUUAAGAGUCAUUUGCAGAAAUAUCGUCUUCAUCGUCAAAAGUCGAAGGAAGACUUCAUGUCUUCCUACGAGGCAUCGCUGAACAAGUUUCAAGAGAAGGGAUUGUCAAAUGUCAAGUCUUUGACAAAUGCGGACGCAGCUGCACAUCUGACGUAUUCUGCCACCAUGGAUCCUACCAAGGUUGCCGUCCCACCUACCCUUGCUCCCCUUCCAAGCCAAGAAGUGGCCGCUCGCCCUGCACAGCCAAUCGUAUAUUCGCCAAAUGUCAACGAGGCGCUUAUGCUUCCUCAGCUGACUGAAGCGGAGAAAAAGAGUCCGAUUGGUGCUUCAAUGGGAUAUUUGAUGGGUCUGUUUUUCUCAUUGAAACAGCAACUGGCAGCACAACGUAGUCUUUCCAACACCGACAAGAUGAAUAAUCAUUCCGCUUUGCAUACUACUACUGUGGUUCAAAAGGUUGCAGAUGCUGAAGAAGUCACCCGUGAGUCACCCUCUCACAUGCACUCAGGCAACAGUAUAGCUUCUACUGCCUGCACGGAAGAAACAACAUCCUCUACACAUCCUGCAACUCGCAACAUUGAAGUCAAUAGCCACAUGAAACGUGACAUGCAGAAUCAAAUGGCAUUCCAGAACAAGAUGCGUGCCCUGAAGCUACAAGAAUUGAAUAAGAUUAAAAAAGUGGGAGACGGGAAGGAUCUACCUGCUGCUGCUGCUGCUGCUGCUGGACACCCACCGCAACACGGAGAUGACGAAGCUGAUGAAGGCCAAGUUGCUGGAGAAAACGGUGGACACGAUGGAGCAGAUGGGGCACAAGGGGGUGCUAUGAGAAGCAGAGGAAUUUCAAUAGCAGCGUCCGAUGACUUUUGGAAUAGCGACGUUGUCGACGAGCAGCUGUUUGAAUUUCUUAUGAAUCAUUAA